GACGCAAAGAGAAAAUUGAAGGAGCCGACCAAAACGGAGGAAAGAAAUUGGUCUUUCUUGCCUCUUUCUCUCAAGUCGUGUUGCUUACUCAUAGUACAGAAUAAAUCCCUGUUCUUUUAGUCCUUCAUUUUCUCUCUCUUUACUGCGUUUUUGUAGAAUAACGAGGGGCUGUGGACUUAGGAUAAGGGGCAGAAAACUUACCACCCCCUCACCCUCCCCCCCAGCAGCAAAAAGGAUAAGGUGCAGAUAGUCUCAUGGCUAAUAAUGCAACAGCUUGUGCUGAGAGGGCAACGAGUGAUAUGUUGAUUAGUCCAGACUGGGCUAUAAACAUGGAGUUAUGUGAUAUUCUCAACAUGGAUCCUGGGCAAGCGAAGGAUGCCUUGAAGGUUCUCAAGAAGCGGCUAGGUAGUAAAAAUCCAAAGAUACAGCUCCUCACUCUUUUUGUAUUGGAAGCUCUCAGCAAAAAUUGUGGUGAGAAUGUCUUUAAGCAGAUUGCAGAGCGUGAUAUCUUACGUGAAAUGGUUAAAAUAGUAAAGAAGAAGCCUGACUUGAAUGUGAGGGAAAAGAUACUUAUUUUGAUAGACACAUGGCAAGAAGCUUUUGGGGGACCCAGGGGAAGGUAUCCUCAAUAUUAUGCUGCAUAUAAUGAACUGCUGUCUGCUGGAGUUGAAUUUCCACCCCGAGAAGAGAACACUGUACCAUUGUUCACACCACCCCAGACCCAUCCCAUAGUUCAGCCUAUUUCACCUUAUGAGGAUGCUGCUAUUCAGGCCUCUCUACAGUCUGAUGUCUCUGCUUUCAGCUUGGAAGAGAUUCAAAGUGCUCAUGGACUAGCAGAUGUGUUAAUGGAAAUGCUUGGUGCCUUGGAUCCCAAAAAUCCUGAGGCUGUGAAGCAAGAAGUGGUUGUUGAACUUGUUGACCAAUGUCAUUCUUACCAGAAGCGUGUUAUGCUUCUUGUGAAUGAUACAGCAGACGAGGCACUUUUAUCUCAGGGAUUAGCAUUGAAUGAUAACUUGCAGCGUGUCCUUAAACGGCAUGAUGACAUUAUGAAAGGAAACACAACAACCACAGGAGCCGUGGCCACUCCUUUUGUACCACUUGUUAAUGUUAAUCAUGAGGAUGAUGAAUCAGAAGAUGAAUUUGCUCAGCUGUCUCACAGGUCAUCAAGAGAUAAUUUACAAGGUCAGAAACCUGAUAACAAUGAACCUGCACAAGUAAAUCAGUUUCUUCCUCCUCCACCCUCAUCAAAAAGGCCAGUCACAACAAAUGCAGGAGUGGUUGAUUAUCUUAGUGGUGAUGUCUUCAAAUCCAGUGAUCCCCCUGAAACAAGAGAAUCUCUGUCUUCUGCCCCAACUCGUUCAUAUACAAACUCUUCUCCUCCACUAAUUCCAACUUUAUCUCCCUCCUCACCUCCUUCCCAUUCAGUUGGCUCUGUCUCUUCACCCAUGGUUGCUGGACAGCCUGUGUAUGAUGAACCAUCUCCCUUACGCAAAUCUGCUGAGCAGAUGUCUCCUCCUCCCUGGGAAAAUCCUUCUACAGGAAAUCUUCCCCCACCUCGUUCAAGGUACAACCAGAGACAGCAAUUCCUCAAGAAGAAAACAGGUUAUUCAGGUGGUAAUUCUCAUUCAAGCAGUGGAUCCGGGUCCUCCUAUGACAGCUUAGUGGGGCAGACUCAAAAUCUCUCCCUUAAUCCAGGUACCCCUUCCAAACAAGCAAAACCAGAGGAUGCUCUCUUCAAAGACCUGGUUGAUUUUGCAAAAUCUAAGUCAUCUUCAUCAUCCAAUCCCAAUAGAUCAUUUUGACUGUCUUGAGUUUGGAUUUGGGUAGUAGAGCUUGAGAGCAGUAAUUCUAGGUUUUCUUUCCAUCAGAUCAUGAGAUUCUCUGUUGUUAAAUAAACAUGGAUGUAAUUAGUGGUUUAUGGUGUCUAUGUGCUACUUUUGGAUUGAUUUUGAGGUGAACUGCUCAGUGGAUAUAUUCAUCUGCCGACCAUACAUUAUUCAUAAAUGGUUGUAUUAUAUUCUCCAUUCAUUUUUAGCUUCUCUUUGCAAAGAUAUAGAACCAGAGUUAAGAAUCCCAAAUUCUGAGUCGAAUAAUACACAACUCUUGGA